GCAAAGGGAAGAAAUAGAAGUAUGCAGAGGCUAAAUGAGUAAUAUAUUAGCCUGGAAGCAAGGACCGUGUCAAACGAGUGGCAUAUUUUGGUUCAAACAAGGUCUAAACGGAAGAAGACACGCCGCACUUGUUAGUACUAAUGGUCGAAUCCGCUGAUCAGUAGUACACACGGCGCGUUCAAAAUGAACAAAAAUGACGAAAGAAAAAAGUUGAAUGAAGUGAAGUGAACAAAAAGGAAAUAAAAAUAAAUGAAAGUUAUUAUAAAAAAGAAAAGAAAAGAUUAGGACAUAAUGAAAGAAAUGGGAGAAUUUUGUAGUAUGAUUCUGGCGCGCAUAGACUGGUAACUAGGGGUAGGAAUAGAGGAUCUGCUGAUUGUCUUUUUGUGUCGGACAAGUUGAAAGUUUAUAAAUUAGAAAAGUGUCCUUUUUGACACGUAAAAGUCUCUAUAAUAUGUCUUAUUGUACUUUAUCAUCCGAUGAAAAGUACAGAGAUACGUUUGAACCAGGUAUUUAUGUUUGUGCAAAUUGUGGACACGAAUUAUUUCAUAGCAAAGCAAAGUUUUCCCACAAUUCUCCUUGGCCAGCCUUUACAGACACAGUAAGAGAUGAUAGCGUGGUCAAAGAAGUAGAGACUGAGUCCCAAUCAUCAAGUAAUGCUCCAGCACUAAAGGUUUCUUGUGGAAACUGCAAAUGUCAACUUGGUCAUGAGUUCUUAAAGGAUGGACCCAAUGAAAAGUCAAGAUUUUGAAUUUACUCGGAAUCUCUCAGUUUUCUCCCUCAUAAGGAGAAUGAACAACACAGUGUUUCUGAGUAGAGAUCCUCUGGGAUACAAAAAUUACUAGAUUUGUUAAAGUGCUACUUGCAUGAAAAUGGCCUUAUUUCAAAACUUCAAAAAAUACAAAUAUAUGACUCAUUUAUAUCUAUU